AUGAAAGACAAGAAGAAAAAAUCAAAGGAGCAUUUAGAUGAAGAUUUGGAGGAAGAAGAAUUACUGGACAAGAGGAAGAAAAAGAAAUCAUCAUCAAAAGAAGAGUCAAACAAAAGGUCCAAGUCAAAAGUUUACGAGGUGGUGACUGUGACUGGCGAUGUCCGAGGAGCUGGAACCGAUGCCAAUGUUUUUGUGACUCUCUUUGGCGACUACGGGAUUACACCAAAGGUGCACUUGACCAGCAAAUGUAGAACGGCCUUUGAAAAGAACAAAACUGAUGUUUUCCGGAUCAAGACCAACAAUGUGGGCCCACUAAAGAAAGUAAGGAUCGAACAUGACAAUACAGGAAUGAGUGCCAGCUGGUUCUUGGAUCGGCUUGUGAUCACAGACAUGAACCGCCCUCACCUCCGGUUUUACUUCCCCUGUAACCAAUGGCUCAGCAAAGAGGAGGGAGAUGGCCUCUAUGUGCGGGACCUGCUAGGGAGUUUGAACCCAAUGGAUGUACCUAAGUUAAACAAAUACAUUGUGAGUGUCUUCACGGGUGAUAUCAAAGGCAGUGGCACAGAUGCUGACGUCUUUAUGAACAUUUUUGGGGAAAAUGGAGAUACAGGGGAAAGACGACUGGACAAUGACAAAGACAACUUUGAAAGAGGAAAUGAAGACAAGUUCACAAUCGAAUCACCCAACCUAGGACGCUUGAAAAAAAUUACCAUUGGCCACAAUGGCAAAGGUUCCUCGGCCGGGUGGUUCCUGGACAAGGUGAUCAUUGAUGACAUUGGAAACAAAACAGUGGUGGAGUUUCCAGUGAAUCGUUGGUUUGCAUUGGAUGAAGAUGAUGGUAAAAUUCAACGUGACAUUUUGGUCGGAGGAAGUCAAACAACAGGGAUUGUUUACAAUGUUUCUAUUGUAACUGGGAAUGUCAGAGGAGCUGGGACCAACUCCAAAGUGCAUAUCAUCCUCCAUGGAUCCAAAGGUCUUAAAAACAGUGGAAAAAUCUUCCUAGAAGGAGGACAGUUUGAACGUGGAUUAAUUGACAUAUUUAACGUGGAGAUUGCUGCUCUCCUCAGCCCUCUUAGCAGAGUCACCAUUGGCCAUGAUAACAGUGGAGUCAGUUCAGGAUGGUUCUGUGAAAAGGUCAUUGUUUAUUGCCCAUUCACUGGCAUUGAGCAGACAUUUCCCUGCCGAAAGUGGCUGGAUGAAGAUGAAGGAGACGGACUCAUUGAGCGUGAACUCUAUGAAAUGGUUUCACUACGACAAAAGAGACAGAAAAAACAUCCGUGGUCACUGUGGAUCUGGACAAGUGAUAUCAAGAAUGCCGGGACAGAUGCCAAUGUUUUUCUCCAGCUAUAUGGUGACAAAGGGAAAUCAGAUGAGAUGUGUCUGGACAACAACUCAGACAACUUUGAAACUGGUCAAACAGAUAAGUUUGUGAUUGAACUCCCAGACCUGGGAACAUUUUACAAACUCAGAAUCUGGCAUGAGAAACGCCAUCCUUUUGCUGGUUGGCAUUUGAACAAAGUGACUUUAAUGAAAUCGCUGACAAAAGAGAAGUACAACUUCAAGUGCGGUCGGUGGUUGGACAUCAAUGAGGAUGAUAAUGAGAUCAUUCGGGAGCUGCCUGCUGAAGGAGACCUGGUGGAUGAAGUCCAGCCCCUGGUAAAGUAUCGGAUUAUCAUCUAUACCGGCACAGUUAGCGGCAGUGGAACCGACGCCAAUGUCUUUAUUUGCCUGAUAGGCUCACAGGGAGACACAGGAGACCGGGUGCUCUAUGACAGCAAGAAUAAUGUCAAUAAAUUUGAGAAAGGCAACGCAGAUGAGUUUGUCAUUGAGGCUGUAAGUCUGAAGAAGGUGACAAGGGUGAGAAUAGGACACGAUGGGAGAGGUGGGAGCUGUGGCUGGUUCCUGGACAAGGUGAUCGUGAAGGAAGAAGGAGCUCCGGAAUCCCAAGCUGUGGAAUUCCCAUGUUACAGGUGGCUGGAUAAGAGUGAGGACGAUGGGCAGAUUGUCCGGGAGCUUGUUCCAGCAGGAGAUGCACAGAUGCUGAAAAAUAUCCGGUACCAUAUCAUGGUGAAGACAGGGAAUGUGUCUGGAGCCAGCAGUGAUUCCAAAGUUUUCAUCAAACUGUAUGGAGAGAAGGGAGACACCAGCAAACAGUCACUGGUCACCUCUGACAAUGACUUGGGAAAUUACUUUGAACAGGGGCAGGUGGAUGUUUUCAUUAUUGACACAAUGGAUAUUGGAACACUAAAACGUCUGCUGAUUGGGCAUGAUAAUGUAGGACUGCGAGCUGGCUGGUUCUUGGACAAUAUUCAGAUUAAGGUUCCAGCGCACGGAAAGGAAUACAUGUUCCCUGCUCACCGUUGGCUAUGCAAGGAUGAAUCAGAUGGCAAGACUGAGAUUGAAAUAUACCCCAGUGAGAUCACAGAGAUUGAGAAAUUAAUAAACUAUGAAGUAGAGGUACGCACUGGUGAUGUCACUGGAGCCGGCACUGAUGCCAAAGUCUUCAUCCAAAUGUAUGGAAAACUUGGAAAAACAGAAUUAAUCCGCCUCCAAAGUCGCUCAAACAACUUUGUCCGAGGAGAAACUGAAAUGUUUAAGAUCGAGGCCCUGGAUGUCGGCAGAUUGGUCAAACUCCGGAUCGGCCACGACGGGAGCGGCUUGGCCCCAGGCUGGUUCCUGGAGUCCAUUAGAAUCAGCCGACUGAGUGUCAGGACUGUGGAGGACGACAAAAAGAAGAAGAAAAAGAAAAGGAAAGUUGAGGAGGACGUUGAUGAAAAGCAGGAGGAAGUGGUGGAGACCUACACCUUCAAUUGUCAGCGCUGGCUGGCCAGAGAUGAGGGAGACCGACAGCUGGUGGUGGAGCUCCUGCCAGAAGAUGCCGAAGACCUUGAAGAGAACUCCUACACCAUUCAUGUGUUUACCGGGAACGUCAUGGGUGCGGGAACAGAUGCUAAUGUCUUCAUUAACAUUUACGGUGAGACAACAGACACAGGAGAACGACACCUCAAGAGCUCAAACCAUCUCAACAAAUUUGAAAGAGGACAGGAAGAUAUAUUCUUGGUCAAAGCCAUUGACCUGGGUACAUUAAAGAAACUCCGAAUUCGACAUGAUAACUCAGGGGGAUAUGCAGCUUGGUUCCUGGACAGGGUGGAAAUUGUCGAUGAGAAGGAUGAUACUACGUACUUCUUCCCUUGUGAACGAUGGUUAGCUGUUGAUGAGGAUGAUGGCCAGAUAGCAAGAGAACUGGUUCCUGUGGAUGAGGCGUUCCUGAAAAACAAUAUGGACACAGAUGUGCAGUCUCAAGCAACGCUAGGCUUGGAACAAAAAGCUCAGUCCACCACCUACAACGUGAGGAUAAAAACUGGUGAGAAAAAGAAUGCAGGAACGGAUGCCAAUGUGUUCAUUAUCCUGUUUGGUGAGAAGGAUGACACAGGAAUUGUCAAUCUCAAGGCAUCAAAAAAUCAUAAGAAUAAAUUUGAAAAGGGAAAUAUUGAUGAGUUUACUAUAGAGGCUGUGGACAUUGGAGCACUGAAAAAGAUCCGAAUAGGACAUGAUAACUAUGGAGGGUGUGCUGGCUGGUUUUUAGACUGGGUGGAAAUCGAUGCCCCCUCUCUUGGACAACUACUGCGCUUCCCAUGUGGACGUUGGUUGGAUAAAGCUGAGGAUGACGGAUACAUAGUACGAGACCUCUUCCCUGCAGACCUACAGACCAAAGACUAUGUUCCAUUUGUUCCAUACGAGAUCACUGUCCGUACCUCUGACAUAUAUGGAGCAGGGACCGAUGCAGAUAUCUUCAUCGUCCUUUACGGGAGAGAUGGCAUCAGCAGCCACCAGAAGUCUCUGUGCGUUAACAAGCGAGAGCGAAAGAUGUACUUCAAGAGAGGCGCUGUCAAUAAGUUCAUCGUAGAGUUGGAGGAUGUUGGGGAGUGCAUUGAGAAGAUCCGAAUUGGACAUGAUGGUCGAGGCAUCAACUCUGGGUGGCACUUGGAUAGUGUGGAGAUCCGACGACUGCUUUCAAAGGGGAAGGGCUCAGAAACGAUUGUUUUUCCCUGUGAGCGCUGGCUGGCAAAAUCCGAAGAUGAUGGAGAAAUCAUCCGAGAACUGGUGCCCUUAGAGAUUAUUCAGAAAAAGCUACUGAAAGAUGGGACCCUGAGGCAGACUGAAAAUACAGUGGAAGACGCACUGGAAACUCACAGUUAUAAGAUUUCUGUGUACACUGGUGAUGUCUACAGAGGAGGAACAGAUGCAAAUGUCUUCCUCACUAUCUACGGAGACCUGGGAGACACAGGAGAAAGGAAACUGAGUAAAUCUGAAUCACACUCCAAUAAGUUUGAACGAAACCAGGUUGAUACAUUCACCUUAGAAGCCGUAGACCUUGGCCAAAUAAACAAGAUCAAGAUUCGCCAUGACAACAGCAUGGCAAGCCCCGAUUGGUAUUUGGAGAAGGUGGAAGUGCUUGAUGUGGAUUCAGAGGAGAACUACUUGUUCAUGUGUGAACGCUGGCUUUCAAAGACUAAAGAGGAUAAGAAAAUUGAAAGGAUAUUGUAUGCGAAGGGUUAUGAAGGUGAUCGGACCAGCGUUCACAGCUCUGCUAAAAGCCUACCUGGCUCUUCAUUGAGUCUCCGGAAUCUAAACAAUAGUGCCCUUAGCAAGAAGGGGAAACGGAAAAGUAUUAUUGAAGAUACAAUUGAAGAAGGCCCUACCAUCCCCUACCACAUAACAAUUACCACAGGCCUGGAACGAGACGCAGGCACCACUAGCAGGGCUUACAUCAUCAUCAUGGCAUCUCAGAAGAUUCACACUGCACGAAUGUGGCUGGAGCUUCCUGAAGAGAAGAAUGGAUUUCAACCUGGAUCAGUGGAAAAGUUUCAGUUGGUGGGUUUGGACGUUGGAGAUAUCAAGAAAAUUGAGCUGGGUCACGAUGGUGCCACUCCAGAGAGCUGCUGGCUGGUGGAUGAAAUGGAGAUCACAGUGCCUACCAAAGGCAUCAUGUAUGUCUUUCAGUGCAAAUGCUGGCUUGCCAAAGACCGAGGGGAUGGACUGACGGCAAGGGUAUUCAGCAUCCUUGAUGCAGAAACUAUCCAAAUUGGCCAGAAGGUGCCUUUCGAAGUAACAGUGGUUACUGGUGACAUUCCAAAUGGUGGGACUGACGCCAACAUUUACAUGUCUGUCUUUGGAGCCAAUGGGACUACAGAAGAGAUGCUGCUUGAUAAAAACGGUGACAGAUUUGAGAGAGCUCAAGAGGAUACCUUCAACAUGGUGAUUGCCGAUAUUGGUCCUCUCAGGAAAAUAAGGAUUCGCACUGACGCUAAAGGAUGCCGUUCUGACUGGUUCCUCGAUAAGAUUUUCAUGCUGAAUCAAAACACAAAGGAAAUGACCACAUUUACGUACAACGACUGGCUGUCGAAAACUCGCGGCACCAAAAGAUUGACCAUCUGCGAGCUGGCCGCUGUGGUCAACGAUGAAGUGAUGAUGGAGAAAACAACCUACAUCGUCAGUGUAAAAACCAGUGACAUUUCAGGAGCUGGAACUGACGCCAAUGUGUUUCUCAUCAUCUUUGGAGAGCAUGGGGACACCGGCACCCUGGCGUUAAAGCAGUCCAACAAUUCCAACAAAUUUGAGAGGAAAGGCUUGGACGUCUUUAAGUUCACAGACAUACUGAGCCUGGGAGACCUGUCCAAAGUCCGAGUAUGGCAUGACAACAAGGGCCCAGCAGCUGGCUGGCACUUGGAAUUUAUUGAAGUGAAGGACGAAACCCUGGAAGAAACAUUCCGAUUCCCCUGUGACCGUUGGCUUGCCAAGAGUGAAGAUGAUGGGCAGAUCAUUCGUGAACUCCCCUGCGCCAAUAAUGACAUUCUGGACCUUUCAGAACGCACACGCUAUGAAAUCCUCGUUGUGACCGGUGAUGGAGAUGAUGCUGAGACAAAGGAGAAUGCCUGGGUUGUGCUUGAAGGAAAGAAAGGGAAAUCCAAGGAACUCAUGCUGGAAAAUUCAUCCAAGAAAAAGAAGUUCCUGAGGGGGGCAAAGGACAAAUUUGAAUUUUCUUCAAAAAACAUCGGUGACAUAGCAGCAAUUUUAGUGGGUCACUGUCCACGAGAUGGGCGGAAGUUCACUUCAAAAAAUGAUGUGGAGUGGCACGUUAAGGAGGUUAUUGUUACCGAAAAAGAGCUUGGCAACAAGUACAUCUUUGAAUGCAAUGCAAAAAUAAAGCUGAGCCAUAAAAGGGACAACUACAAGGUCUUUGAGUGUACAAAAGUAGUGGAGAGCUUUGCCAGCAAGGUACGCAGUCUAGUGCCUGUCAAAUAUGAGGUCAUCGUCCUCACUGGUGAUGUAAAAGGUGCCGGAACCGAUGCCAAUGUGUCCAUAACCAUUUAUGGAACUAAUGGUGACUCAGGUAAUCGUAAACUGAAACACAAAUUCCGGAAUCUCUUUGAGCGGGGCAACACAGACCGUUUCAUUCUCGAAAUACUGGAUUUGGGAGAGUUAACCAAGGUGAAAAUUGAGCACGACAAUGCCAAUGCUAAUGCUGGCUGGAUGCUGGAACGUGUCGAGAUUACCAACACCGCCACUGGGGUGACCACCAUCUUUCCAUGUGGCAAAUGGCUGGACAAGAAGAAGGGAGAUGGGCUGACAUACAGAGAGUUAUACCCUAAGUAUUAACUUGUGGCAAGAGCAUUCCCUCCUUCCUCAUGUAUUCUCCUCUUCUGCUGAAAGUGCUGACUCUUGCUGG